AUGAUAUUUAAGAGAAUACCAUUGAUGGUUCCUAAGGAAAUAGUUCAUAUUUAAGUGGAUCCAGAAGAAAAGGAGUAUGAGAAAAAGCUUCUGGAAAAAAAUAAGCUAAUAGGCCAGAACGGUGUUAAUACUAAUGAUCAAUAGAAGCAAAUUUUCUUAAUGCCUGUAGUCAAGUAAUAUAUCUUUUUGUAAUUUUCAACUUUAGCUAAAAUUUAUAAUUAAAAUGUUCCAAAUGUGCAAGAAACUUGA